AUGUCGGCAGAAUCAGACAGACCCAACCUUUCUGCGAAUACACUCUUUGCGGAACGAGCCAAUCUGAUCGGCGAUUGCAUCUCUCAAAUAGUCUUUGGAGCGAUAGUAGUCAUUUUCCUCCAAACUAUGUAUACUCUUUUCAACUAUCCCAAACGAUGGAGGGUAAAGAGAAAUUGGUUCCUCAUUGCCUACACAUUCGUCUUGUUCACGUUUGCAAUAACCUUUAUUUCGGUCAACAUGAGAUGGCUCCAGCUUAUGUUCAUUGACCACCGCGAGCAUGAGGGUGGUCCACUCGGGUUUUCGAUGACACAGUACUCUCAACCUGCAGUAGCAACUGCCAAUGUAGUUGGCGUGAUGUGCGGAUGGAUGGCAGACGGUUAUCUGUUGUACCGUUGUUUAUCAAGCUUCCGAAUGCAUGCCGGUAUAAUGUUAGUUCCGUUUCUGGUCUAUCUUGGGUCCAUUGCAAUGGGAUCCCUCUUCCUCUAUCAAGCAUUGCGACCUGGAGCGAGUCUCUUCAAUCAUCUGAGUGUUGACUUUGGUGUUCCCUACUUUUCUCUCACCGCCGGUCUCAAUGUCUUGAUCUCGUCGCUUAUCGCUGUCCAAUGGUUGAUAUUUCGUCGCGAGAUCAAACGCGUGCUGGGACAUGACUAUACUGUGUUCUCUCCUUACGUCGCUGCAGGCCCAUUGCUAGUGGAGAGCUCAUUAAUCUAUGCGAUCAACUCCAUCGUAUUUGUUGUACCUUAUGGGUUGGGCAGCCAUGUAGCGAAUAUUUUCCUACCCCUGCAGGCUCUGGCGCCGGUUUUAUCGUCUAUGCUUAUUGUGCACCGUGUUGCGAUGCGACGUGCUUGGGACUCUCACAUGCUCACCGCUUCUCUGACCACUAUCGAAGCGCGUUCCAGACACAAAAUUCAAGCAGCUGUCAGUGGAGAAGCGUAUGGUGAUGAGAAGAGCCGGGUUUGA